AUGGUCAGGCAGGAUGAUGAGAAUGUUAUUUUAAGAUCCAAACGUCUUUUUCACCAAUUUAUCGUCGACAGUUAUGCCAAACAGGAAACGCUUCGAUUAAAUUUUAUACGUAAUAAUCAAUCCAAAUUACGCGCCGAACUCUAUCAAGGCAUACAUGAUGCUAUUUUAGAGGGAGAUACUAAUGCUGACAAUCUUGGCAGAAGAAUAAUUUUGCCUUCUUCUUUUACCGGUGGCCCAAGGCAUAUGCAACAGCUUUAUCAGGACGCAAUGGCUAUUGUACGCUGCUUUGGUAAACCAUCAUUAUUCAUUUCUUUCACCUGCAACCCUAAAUGGGAUGAAAUAAUGCGUGAAUUAUUUCCUCAUCAGACCCCAAACGACCGCCCAGAUUUAGUUUGUCGCGUUUUUCGUCAAAAAUUAAAAUGUCUAAAAAAGGAUUUGCUCUAUUAUCAUGUUCUUGGCAGAGUAAUCGCUUAUAUAGAUGUCAUAGAAUUCCAGAAAAGAGGUUUGCCUCAUUGUCAUAUGUGCCUUAUACUAGAUAACAAAAUAACUGAGCCUAAGCUGUUUCAAAUUAUUAGCAAUUUUAAUACACAUGGGCCAUGUGGUAUAACAUCCUAA